AUGUCCACUUGGCUGUUGGUCGCUUCUAUUCGGACCGUACUUUGUUCUCAUGACUUACUGUAUUCGUUACGGGGGCAGGAUUCCCUUCGUCGUUAUCAUAAAUAUGGCCUCAGCAACAUCUAUGGAAUCAGAUCCAUGCACAAAAGACAUGUUGUCCCAUUUCCAGUUAUCCACACCUUAGAUUCCCUUAACAUCAACGGCACUCUUAUCGGUGAAAAUCCCGUCUCAGCAGUAUUUACUGUUGAUCCAGAUAUCCCUGAAGAAUCAUUGGGCUCUGAGAAAGGAAAUCCUGGUAGGAAAGCAGCUGGAAGGAAAACGGUGCCAUCGUAUUCCACAGGCUCGCCUGAAAACCGCACUGACAUUGUCAGUCGUGCAAGUAGCGCUGGACAUCAUAACGGGCAAGCUAUACAGCUGAUUGAGAUACGAAAGGUAAGACGGAUAGGAGGCGGCUACCCUUAUGGGCCUAAGAAUUUCACAGUCGUGGAGUACAUACCUCCUCUUCGAGUAGAAAAAUCACCCUAUUUGGUCGAGGAAGUAAUUUUCAAAAACUAUGAUUCUCAUGAAAACGAAUCUACCACAAACGAUCCGGACGAUAUCUGGGCUGUGCAGGUAUACAUUGUAUAUCUCAAAACUAAUCGCUAA